UCCACAGCUGCAGUGCAGCUAAUGUGAGUCCCAAUAUCCAAUUUUGGCAUCCAAAACACUGUGCUAUUCUUGGCCAUAGUGUCAGUUACUAUGGCGUCAGGUAGACAUGGUGGAGUAUAGCAGUAGUAAACAGUGUUUAGUAGUAAUCCAGAGUGCGUGUGUUUGGGACUGGGACGUGCUGUACUGGAGCUGUAUGAGGAGCGUGUGCUGUCGAGGGAGGAUUUAAAGCACGCAGAUAGGAACGUCGCCGGAAGGUGUCCGCCUGAGUCACGGUUUUGGUUUGUUCUGUUGUUUUCGAAUUCACACUGGCGUUUAAAAACACACUUCGCUAAAUGGGAGCGUUUCACAGGAUUUAAACUGCGCUGCGAGUCUGAACAACAACAUGGGGUUGAACAACAGGUGACAUGGUCUCCUCUUGGCUGUAGGUAAGCGGCGCCGCUGUCAACAGAGGCAUCUUCUGCUUCGUUUAGUAAAACUGGCUUGUUCUAUUUUUAGUUUCUACACGUUGUUUAGUCUUGCAGGUGUGACACCUGUAGAGUAACGCGAGUGUAACCUUUUACUUUACUGUAUAAAGCUUGGAGAACAUUUCACUUCACUCCGGUAACUCGGGUAGCUAAAGGUUUAUUUAAAAAAAAAAAGACAGAAAUUCCCAGCAUUAAAAAAAGUAUGUACACAGUUUAUGUAAAAACAGGGUACAUUUGUUAAAACUGUCCUCAUGUCAAGAAUAGUCUUUUUAUGCUAGAAUUUAACCUGGGAUAGUAACAGAAGUGAAACCUGACUUGGGGAAGGAAAUAUAAAUAGUUAUAACAUAACAUUUUUGUUUUUAGAUUCUUCAAGGAAUGAUAACCAACCUGAAUUACCUGUGAGUGAAAUGGUUUCCUCUAGGUAGUAUCCACAGAUACUUUUCCACAAGUGGGUCAAAACAGGCUACAUUUCUUAUGGUGUCAUGACCUUGUUGUUUUUCUUUUUUCUCAUUUUUUUAGUCUGGUAAAAUAUUAUACCCAGUUCUUAGUGCCAUUUCAAUCCUUCAGGAAUUCAUUCACAAAUGUAAGACUCGCACAUCUUACAAGGAAAUGUAAUGCACCGUGUUUAUUCAUUUGAAUGAUGAGACUUAAUUGUCAACAUUUAUGACCUAAAUGAGAGGUUAGUGUGUUACAGCUCCUCCUUACGUGACCACCUUUGACAUUUGUCUGGAUUUGAGUGGGGUGCACAUAUGCCUCACACAUCCAGGGUCGGGGGUUCAAUUCCCACUGCUGCCCUGUGUGUGUGGAGUUUGCAUGUUCUCCCCGUGCUGUGGGGGUUUCUUCUGGGUGUCAUGUUUGGCAUGUCCAGAGUGUAUGUGAUCGUUCCCUGUGAUGGACACAAUAGCUGGACGUAUACCCCGUCCAGGGUGUACCCUGGGCCUUGUGCCCCCUGGGCUCGGCUCCCCGUGACCCAGUAUUAUAAGCGGUAUAGAAAAAGGAUGGAUUUGAGUGUAAAACUCAUCAAUAAACCUUUUUCGAUAGACAGAACAAUUAUCACAACAAUCCACGUAGGAGAUCAAGAUCAAGUCGCUUCAAGGUAUUACAAAAAAAAGAAACAAAAUCAAGGGAAAACGGGGAGAGUUGCCAAAAGUAGACUUUUCCUGAUAUUUUUUUCCCAAAGAGGACAAUUACGAUAAAGUGAAAUUUACACAGUGUCACAAGCUUGUUGUCGCAAAGUAAACAUUUAAUGUGUUGCAUCUCUUUUCCUGUUACAACAUUACAGUUGGAUCUCAACUAAUCUUACUACUCACUUGCUUUGUAAUACAAAGAGCUUAGUUGAAUGUUCAAGCUUUCUGAUAUUAUAAUACUAUUUUAUUAUUAUUAUUAUUAAUCGUACAUUGAUGGGGACUUGAAACAAAACCUGGAUGAACUUAACUGUAAUCUAGCUUCUUUUCUUUUUACACUGGAGAGUCAACUGAAAUAAGAACGACAAAAUAAAAAUUUCAUGCAACUCCAAGAUCUUUUAGGAUUAAAAAAAGUCAGUUCACAGAGUAUUGUUACAGUUUACAAUCUCUUGUUUCUGCAAGAAUUGCUGUUUCCAAAAUUCUCCAUAUGUACGGUUCUAUGUUUACCAGCCCCACGUCUGUUGUGCCUUCGUCAUUGGAUGUUCGUGGACGUACACUCCGUAGUUGGUCCGCAACACUUCCAGACUUUUUAAAUUUGUUAAUAAGUUUGACAACAGUUUCGUGUGUGUGUGAUGUAUUUGCAAUGUUUCUUGUUAGUCAGCUUCCUGAUCCAUCCAUGAGAAUGAUUUCAGUACGUUCUUGUUAGGGAAGAGUGAUAUCUUAUCGUUUGUGAUAUAGCGGUAGAAAUUCUCCCCACAGUAAGAAUUAGUCUUCCCGUGAUAGUAAUGAUAAAGCCUAGUUGAUGAAGUAUUUCUAUGUUCUACGAUGUGCGACCCAUUCGAAGCUCAUGUGCAGAGCAAAAACAAGUAUGGCGGAAGGUGGACAUGAAGCUGUGGAGGAGUUUAUCGCUAAACAAGGAGGCUAGUUCUACAAUCUGGAGUCGGUUUAGUUACAGAAAAUCAGUGUUACUUUUAGAUCAAUGUGUGUGAUUCUUCGGCUCUCAAGACUGCAUGCAGAUGUCACUUGUAGCUAAAAACAGUGGUGAAUGGUACUAUAUUUAUAUCAUCACUGAUAUCGUUAUCGCAAUAAACACCAGAACAUAUUGUGAUAUAGUUUUAAGUCCAUAUCGCCCAUCUUUAAUUCUUCUUUUGUCAAAGGGAUUCUUAAAGGUUAUCUGAAGGAAUAUAUAUAUAUUAUUAUAUAUUAUUAUACGUAUGAAAAAGUUUGGAAGACAUUUUGCUCUAAAGUGUUAAUUUCCCUGAUGUAUGGAGACUUCUGUGACACCCUGUGUUAUGCUUUAGCAUUUUAUUCGUGGAACAUCAAGGAUUUUUGUCAGUAAGUUAUUAUAUGAUAAGAUUGUCUGCUGUCUUUGAAUCUUUCUAAAUAUCUGCACUUCUGUCUACAUAUGAGUUAAGGGCCACUGCUCACUUAUAUCAGAGCUGUUAUUGUUAUGGGGAAGUGGUAGUGCAGUGCCUGAGCUUCUGAAAUCCCAUCCUCAAGCUCUAAAUUAAAAAAAAAAAAGGUGUCAGAGAGCCAUUGUUAACUCGUUGAGAAAGACUCAUAACCCUCAGCUGCUUAGUUCUGUGCUUGGAUGGUGUUUUUGCUUCUAAAAUAAAAUAAAAAGAAAUUAAUCAACUACUGGGUGGUGUGAUGGUGAUACCAUCCCGAAGCUGAUUAUUUUUCAAUAACAUCACGUCUUAACAUGUUUUCUUCCUCUUCUGCCUCAGUGAUUUGCAAAAGCGAACAAAUUUUCAUUUCUGAAAGAAAGACACACCAUACUUUAAAAUAAUUAAAAAAUUUUUUUUUUAAAUUACCGUAUAGUGACUUUUAAUGUUCUGGAAAGUUCACAAAGAAAGUUUGUUCCUGUUAUCACUUACACAACAGCUGUUCCCUCACCAUCAUCUCAAACAUCACAGCUGGUCAUGUUAAAGAAUUUCUUUUUAAUCCAUCUGUAUGGUGUCCUCCAUACAAGUCCGUUUGAAUGAGCUGUUCUGUGGGAAAUAUAAUGUAUUAGAUUAAUAUAAAUCUUGCAUCGGGCACUCUAGUCAGAGCUACAGAAAGUUACUCUGACCAAUCAGAAUUAAUAAUGCAGCAGCACUGUGGUCUGAAUAAAUGUCAUCAGGAAAUUGUCCUGGAGUAUGGAAAUAAUAAUCAGUAAAUAGUUCAUUAUAUGUUGUGAGCAUCCUGGCAAAUCCCAAUUGUUUCACAUGAGCAUUAUUGGAAUUAAAUGAAUCUCAGCAUGUGCAAGAACCAACAAUCAUGUGGUUUGUAGUCAAAUUGUGUUUGCAAAAAGAAAGGAAAAGAAAACGCGAGACGAUCUAACCACGUAACAUGAGCUUUUCUUCCAUGCAUUGCAACGCAGUGAUACAUGAUAUCUUCCGCCUCCUCUCUGCCAUUGUGUAACAGCAGGUCCUGUGCACAUGUUUGUGUCUAAUUUGCACCAUGCCUUGUUAAUCUGUUCACAGCUACUCAGUUUAUAGUCUGUGUUUUGUUUAACUUUCACAGUAGUCUGUAAGUCAAUCACAUCUGCUGCAGCUCUGUAGGAUGUUUAGGCUCUUCAUAUCAAGUUAAGUCUGUGUCUUGCUUUAUUUGUCCUUCAUACUGUAGUUGCUUAAAUGUCAAGUGAAGUGAUUUGUUAUCAAUCCACUCUUAGAUACAUAUUGAGCAAUGUGAGACACAAUCUAGCAUCGCUGCCUCACAGCUGUAGGGUCACCCGUUUGAUCCAGUUUCUCCCUUGUGUUCAUGUGGGUUUCCUCCCAUGUGUUCAUGGGUUUCCUCCCGUUUCAGUCCAUUGAGCUCUCCAGUUUCCUCCCACCUCCCUUAAACAUAGCAGUAGGUUAAUUGGCUGUUCAAAAUCGCGUCAAGGUGUGAAUGUGUUUCUGCAGAGUUUGACAGAUUGAUCGGUUUUGCCUAUUAAUUGGCACCGAUAACCGAUUGCUGGAACUAUGUUUUUCCCGGUUGCAUCCCUUGUGGGAACAGCCGAGAAUCCGCUGUCAUUAUACAGUACGAGAGCGGCGUCUGGAGGCGAAAUGAAAACUAUCACUGACAAAUUUAGUUGUUAUUUGAAGUGUGUUUUGUUUUUUUGGAUGUCUCUGUUUUUAUUUGUUAUUUGAAGUGUUAUUUUUUUGGUUCAGUUUGGAAGUAUUUCUUUUUUACUUUAAUAUUUAUUAAUAUAUUAAUAUUGAUAUGUUUAUUUCAUUCAAAAAAGUACAGUGCAUUUUUCAUGGCACAGUCAGUACUGUUUAUUUUUGUUGAAGCUCAGCAGUAUUUUACUUUUAGUGUUACGUUUUCAUUCAGUAUCAGUUUUUAAAACUGAUCAUUGCUUUAAUCAGUUAUUGGCAGGUACCGCCAAAAUUAGAGGAUUGAUGUCAGUAAAAUCCACUAUCGGUCAACCUCUAUUUGUGCUUGGUGCUAGUGUCCCGUUAGGGGUGUAUUCCUGCCUUAUAUGCCUCGUGUUCCCGGGAUAGGCUCCAGUUCCGACGUAGUCCUGACCAGGAUAACGUUCUUACUGAAGAUGAAUGGAGUCCAGAUACCAUGCAGGUGGUCUGGUAUAAUUUAGAGCAUGUUUGAAACUGCACAGAGAUUUUGCUUCAGUCAUUUACCCUCUGAUGUUACUUUCGGUAGUGUGUAUGUGUAUUUCCUGCUGCUUGUUCUGUUUAGACUUUAGGCUGCUUCCUCAGCCAGUGUCACUUCCUUUUCACAAGCUGCUGCAGUCAGUCACUCUAUUCAGUUUUGUGUGUGUGUGUGUGUGUGUGUGUGCGUGUGUGUGUGUCUGUCCUGACUGGCCUUAUCCCAUUCCCUCCUGCUAAUGGCCCCUCCUUCCUCUGAUACACUCUUCCACUGACCCACCCAUCCCCCUUCAGUCACACAUCCAUGCCACUUGAGGCCCUUCAGUCUGACUCAGUGGAGAAAGUUACUCCAAUCAAAUGCGUGUGUGGUUGUGCCAGACUUUUUCCUCUGAUGAAACAGGCUGCUCUGCCCUGCUCUGUCUACACAGGAAGAUCUAGCAUCGAUUGAUCUGUCUCUGAAGCUGUCAAGCAGGCCUAGUAUGGAGCGUCGAUUUGGGAGGCUAAGUAGGCAGGGAACGUCAGAGGAACUCCCUGAGCUGAAGGAGGUGGCUGAAGAGGUGAGAUGCCAGAUACCAGUGGUUUCUGUGGAAGGUGUGGAUGGAGCCGUUGAGGACUCCUUCGAGAAUGAAGAGGAGGACGUGGGGAUGAUGAGGAAGACCGCACAGGAAGAGGCAACAGAAAGGGAAAAGGUGGCUCAGAGGCAGCUCAUGGCCAUCCAAGAGCUGGUGGACACGGAGAAGAACUACCUGAAGUACCUACAGAUUUGCACAGUUACUAUCCGCAGCAACCUACAGAAGCUACAGCCCCCACUGGUCAAUCUGGAUGGAAUGUUCCAGAACAUUGACAAAGUGAUGGACGUAUCCGUUCGACUCCUGAGCGUCCUGGACCAGGCACAUAUGAAACCCAGUGAUCCUCAGUACCUUGAAACUCUCUGUGGUUCUUUCCUGCAUAUGUCAGAAGACAUCGAGAUGGCGUACAAGGAAUAUCUUACCAACUAUAAUAACAUCACAGCUAUAGAGGAAAGCUAUAAGCAGAAGGAAGCCCAGUGGCUCGAAAUGGAGAAAGUCAUCAAGUCCUCUGUACCAGAUGUGAAUGCCUCCACUCUCAGCUUCUUCUUGGUGAUGCCAGUACAGAGAAUUGCCCGCUACCCCCUGCUGCUGCAGACCAUACAGAAACACACUGAUACCCAGCAUCCUGCCUACCUCCUGCUGGAGCACACGGCGCACACCGCCGUCCAGCUCAACUGCAGGAUUAACGAGUACAAGCGCUUCCGUGAAGUGGCUGAUAAGUACAAGAAGACUGAAACCCUGACCAUCAAAGACAAGAUCAACCGACUGAGUGGUCACAGCAUUGCUAAGAAGACAGCCAGACUGGGCCAGUACAUUAAACAUGAAACUGGUAUUGUACCAAAGGUAAAGGAUGAAGAGUUUGAUGCCCUUGCAGGCUUUUUCUUUGUUUUGGAGAAAGGUGUCACAGAGCUGCAGGCCAACAUGGCAGCCUAUCUCAGCCAUCUGCAGAGGUUCCUCAGCUGUAGUCCAGAGGAGGUUGACUUGGACCUGGAUGGCGAGAAGGCCGCCCUCUUCUCAAAGGAAAUUUUUGUCGCACUCAGGCAAUGGAUAUUCCCCGUUUAUGAAGGCCGACUGAAGACUCUGGUAUUCAAACCAUUGUCCUCUCUACGUGAGUUGAUGGCCGGGCCACACAACCUCAUCCGCAAGAGGCAGGACAAGCUGCUAGAUUUCGAAAUAAUUGAGGAGAAGAGUAGCUUGACCUAUGAUGAGCAGGCCAUUGCCAACACCUACAAGACUAUUAACACACUGUUGCUCAACGAGCUGCCUCAAUUCAAUGCCAAAGCCAUGCAGCUGCUGUGGGCCACUCUGGGUACCUUCAGCUGCCUGCAAAAGGACCUGGCUAUGGACAUGGAACUGCUCGCCACCAGCUUUACUCAUCAGCUCCCACACACUCAUCUAGACAGCAAUGCAUUCUGGGAGUGGGCAGAGAGCUCAGUGCUGGAGGGUGCCAGGAAGCUGGAGACGCUGUGUCAGAGUGUUCAAGAUGAGCUCAAUGCUCCCAUUGUGCAGCCUGUUGUCACAGUGUCUGAGAAGCGUCUGAAACAGUUGAUGGACAGACAUGGCACAGAAAAGCUCUACCAGCUGGUCGGCCCUGUGGUGGCUACGCGUGACCUCGACCUCAACCUGAGCAAAGGUGAGCUGGUGGCUGUGAUCAGCGAAAUGGACACACGAGGGGACAGACGCCGCUGGCUGGUGGAUGCAGGAGGUCCCAGGGGUUAUGUUCCAGCAUCGAAGCUGAUUCGCUACACCACUGUUGGCAUGGCACAGCCUCCUCCUCCUUCUCCACUUCUCAGCGCCACAUCCAGUGGUCCAGGAACAAGGAGGCACUCGUACACACCAGGAAUUCAGCCUGUCAUCACCAUGGCUACACCCUGCUUCCAGGUGUUUGCUGCGUACGACUUCAUGGCACGGAGCAGCCACGAGCUGUCUCUGCGGGCCGGAGAACCGGUGCAGGUAGUGGAGCCCCACGAUAAGCGGGGCAGUACCGAGUGGAGUCUGGUGGAGGUGCGAGGUCAAAGAGGCUACGUCCCCUCUAACUACCUCGCCAUCCUGCCUUCAGUGGUGGCAUCACCCACCCUGCCCUACCACUAGAAUCUACCACCAUAGCAUGUAUCCAUGUGCACUCCAAACAAACCCACACACACUGGUCACCCCGUGUGCACACUCUGACUGAAGGGCUCUCCAUGUGAGUGUGGGCAGGUGAUGAUUCUACUGUCCAGUCUGCUGUGAGCUGGAAGGGUGCUUGGGCCUCAUCGGGAGUCUCGUUUGCACAUCAGCUUUGUUUAAAGCUGCUACAGAGGGAACCGUUUGUCAGAGCCACACUACCAGGUGGAGAUGAGCUGUGCGGCGCUGAUGGAGUGUGUGUUGUGUGGGUUUAACAGACUCUUCAGCAGAAUUAUUUGUCUGUGUGAAUCGCUCUCUGACUGAGCGUGAUGCAGGGUGUAGAGUGAUCGAGUGAUAGGACAAAGGGAUGGAAGGGCAGUUGAAUGUGGAUCUGAAGGCAUGAGUCAGUGCUGAUCAGCCUGACUGCCAUGCAGAAGGGGACAUCAUUUUUGAACAGUAGAAGACUGUCAGUGUUGCAUUGCGAGGCUCAGUACUGAUAUUUUUAUUUGAACUAAAUGUAAAAUAAUUUCUGAGUGAAAUGUAUAGAAGGUACUGGAAUGUUUUUAUUAUUAUGCGACACUGUGGUAUGUAGAUAUGGAAAUGUAUACUCUUCAGAACAUUGUAAAUAUUUGUUUAAACCUAGAAUUAUGAAUAGCAAAACAUUACUCUAUUUUAACACUGGAUUAGUAUUGCAUUGUAGUUGUGUUGGCAUUUUUUUGCACAAUACGUUGCACUGAUUUACCUA